GGCCAGGGUGGGCCUGCCUGGGGAUAGAUCGCAGCAUUUUAAAAGCCUCCAUUGACAACGCAGGUGUCCCCCUGGGCUUCAGUGGCGUCUUGGUGGGACUUCAGUGGACGAAGCCAGUCCAGCUCUGGCAUGAAUAACUAAAGAGAAGUUCACUCUCUCCUGAUGUUCCCCAGUCGUGAGAGGUCAGCAUCCUUCAUCCCUGUUCCCACAGCUUUCCAGAGUUUAUGACUACUGUGCCUGCAGCAUCAUGGCCACGUGCCUGUUCCUCCUGGGCCUUUUCCUGCUGCUGCCACGACCUGUCCCUGCUCCCUGCUACACUGCCACUCGGUCAGAAUGCAAGCAGAAGCACAAGUUCGUGCCAGGUGUAUGGAUGGCUGGGGAAGGCAUGGAUGUGACUACCCUCCGCCGCUCCGGCUCCUUCCCAGUGAACACACAGAGGUUCCUGAGGCCUGACCGCACCUGCACCCUCUGUAAAAACUCCCUAAUGAGAGACGCCACACAGCGCCUACCUGUGGCAAUCACCCACUGGCGGCCUCACAGCUCACACUGCCAGCGUAAUGUGGCCGCAGCCAAGGUCCACUCCACGGAGGGUGUGGCCCGGGAGGCAGCUGCUAAUAUCAAUAACGACUGGCGUGUGGGGCUGGAUGUGAACCCUAGGCCAGAGGCAAACAUGCGCGCCUCCGUGGCUGGCUCCCACUCCAAGGUAGCCAAUUUUGCAGCUGAGAAGACCUAUCAGGACCAGUACAACUUUAAUAGCGACACAGUAGAGUGUCGCAUGUACAGUUUUCGCCUGGUACAAAAACCUCCACUCCACCUUGACUUCAAAAAGGCGCUCAGAGCCCUCCCCCGCAACUUUAACAGCUCCACAGAGCAUGCUUACCACAGGCUCAUCUCCUCCUAUGGCACGCACUUUAUCACGGCUGUGGACCUCGGUGGCCGCAUCUCGGUCCUUACAGCCCUGCGUACCUGUCAGCUGACCCUGAAUGGGCUCACAGCUGAUGAGGUAGGAGACUGCCUGAACGUGGAGGCCCAGGUCAGCAUCGGUGCCCAAGCCAGCGUCUCCAGUGAAUACAAAGCUUGUGAGGAGAAGAAGAAACAGCACAAAAUGGCCACCUCUUUCCACCAGACCUACCGUGAGCGUCACGUCGAAGUACUUGGUGGCCCUCUGGACUCCACGCAUGAUCUGCUCUUCGGGAACCAAGCUACACCAGAGCAGUUCUCAACCUGGACAGCCUCACUGCCCAGCAACCCUGGUCUGGUGGACUACAGCCUGGAGCCCCUGCACACAUUACUGGAAGAACAGAACCCGAAGCGGGAGGCUCUGAGACAGGCUAUCAGCCAUUAUAUAAUGAGCAGAGCCCGGUGGCAGAACUGUAGCAGGCCCUGCAGGUCAGGCCAGCAUAAGAGUAGCCAUGAUUCAUGCCAGUGUGAGUGCCAGGAUUCAAAGGUCACCAACCAGGACUGCUGCCCACGACAGAGGGGCUUGGCCCAUUUGGUGGUAAGCAAUUUCCGGGCAGAACAUCUGUGGGGAGACUACACCACAGCUACUGAUGCCUACCUAAAGGUCUUCUUUGGUGGCCAGGAGUUCAGGACCGGUGUCGUGUGGAACAAUAACAAUCCCCGGUGGACUGACAAGAUGGACUUUGAGAAUGUGCUCCUGUCCACAGGGGGACCCCUCAGGGUGCAGGUCUGGGAUGCCGACUACGGCUGGGAUGAUGACCUUCUUGGUUCUUGUGACAGGUCUCCCCACUCUGGUUUCCAUGAGGUGACAUGUGAGCUAAACCACGGCAGGGUGAAAUUCUCCUACCAUGCCAAGUGUCUGCCCCAUCUCACUGGAGGGACCUGCCUGGAGUAUGCCCCCCAGGGGCUUCUGGGAGAUCCUCCAGGAAACCGCAGUGGGGCUGUGUGGUAACAUAAUAACAACAAUAACAUGCCUGAGAGCUGGGUGUAGUAGCACACGCCUUUAAUCCCAGCAUUUGGGAGGCAGAGACAGGUGGAUAUCUAUGAGUUCGAGGCCAGCCUGGGUCUACAGGGUCUCAAAAAAAAAAAGCAAACAACAAAACUGGAAUGUUCAACUGGCUUCUCCCUGGGGAUCUGCAAUGGCUUACUAUGCAUAGAGAGGCCACUAGAGUGGCUGAGUUUUUACAAUAGAGCAUCCCUGACUUUCCCUUCCACACUGCCUCAGCCCUGCAAUGCCCGAAAGCUUGGCAACUACUGCCACGAAGCGUAAACAUGGGCCAGGAGCCCAGCGGAAGGCCAGACGGUCUCCACCCAGCUUUAAAUCCCUUCUCCCUGGCAUAGCAAGAUCAUCUGUUAGAGACAAUUCCUGGGUCCCGAUUCCUGGGUACCUUUUGUCCCUCAUUCUGCUCCUGAUGAGUGAAGGCCUGUGUCACCAAGCACAUGGCUUGACAGAGGGCUAUAAAUAUGAUGUAAUGGUAAGCAUGCUGGUGGCCUGGUGACAGAGAAAAGGGGACAAAUGAUGCUCCAGAGAUAGAUUUUUAUGUUCAACAACCCAGUUUUAUAAAAUGGCCAGUCUGUAAGUGAACUGUUACUGUAAGUGAACUACUUUUUCUAAUUCUGCUAGUAAUGUGGGACUGCAAUCCCUUACGCUCUGAGUCAAGAAACAGUAGCAUAAAUGUGGCAAUAAAUAAUGAUAGGCAUUUGGUU